UAAAGACUGGUUAUGUAACUCAGGGCAGAUUUCAUGACACGCGUUUGCGCGCAGCUGCAGAGAUGCUCGUGAUUCUUUAUUUUUUAUUUUUUUCAAAUAAUCUUUCACAAGAGCAUCCAUGAAGCGCUAAUCACAGCGAGACUCUGAAGGAUGAUGGUCAUAUGAACAUGUGACUGCUGUGUGGACUCUCAUUCACCACCACACCUGACUGGAUUAAGCAUCCCGGCUCUCUGCUCCUGCAGCUUUUGGAACCAGCCGGGAGAGGGGUGGGAUGGAUCCUGCAGAACACGGAGCCCAGGUCAGCCCUUCAUCAGUUGGGCGAAGGAGCUUGAGAGCAGUGAAGCAGUUUUUUGGAAGCUCGUGCAGAAAUUCCAGUGGUUUGACACAACAGAUGGGCACCAGCCUUGAUCAGACAUGGUGUGAAGCACGGCAGCAGGAGUUUGCUCAGAGCCCAGCUUUUAGACUGUGUCACAUUCGCUGUAAAGUGAUUUUAGAGGAGACGACGCAGACGGGGGACUCAUGCAUUCGGAGACCUUACAGGUUCCCUGGAGCUUCAACACUCAGAGGAACGAUGAUGAGGCGGUGGUGGACAGGGGAGGAACACGGUCUCAACAGAGAACAAACUUUGAGCAGGAAGAUUUAGAAGGCCACAGGACUCUCUACAUCGGGGUCCAUGUCCCCUUGGGCAGCACACGGCACCGUAGCCAUCACAGGCACCGUCACCAUGGAAAAAAACACUGGAGGAGAAGCAGGGAUAGGAGCCUCCUCUUAGUGGAGGGUCCAGAGUCGCCAGUUUAUGACACUCCGUCCCAGAGAGUCCAGUUCCUGCUGGGAGCAGAUGAUGAUGACGAGGAGCACAUCCCUCAUGACCUCUUCACUCAGAUGGAUGAGAUCUGUGUGCGGGAUGGAGACAACUCCGAGUGGAGAGAAAGCGCCAGGUGGCUGAAGUUUGAGGAGGAUGUGGAAGAUGGAGGAGAGAGAUGGAGCAAACCCUACGUUGCUACACUGUCUCUGCACAGUCUGUUUGAGCUGCGCAGCUGCAUCAUCAACAGCACCGUGCUGCUCGACAUGAGGGCCAACAGCAUCGAGGAGAUUGCAGAUAUGGUUUUGGACCACCAGGAGUUAUACUCACCCCUGGGAGAUGAGCUCAGACAGAAAGUGCGUGAAACCCUCCUAAAGCAGCACCAUCACCAGAGCCAGAAGAAGCUGAGCAACCGUCUGCCGAUUGUGCGCUCCAUCGCUGAUAUGGGCCGUCGGGCAUCAGAACUCCACUUGGACAAGAAUGGUCAGCUGACAGCCUCCCAAUCCCAGUUAGCAGGUCCAGAUGGAAAAGGAGACAUCAGCAGAGAGAACAGCUCUGUGGACUUCAGCAAGAUAGAUCUUCAUUUUAUGAAGAAGAUCCCACCAGGAGCAGAGGCGUGUAACGUGUUGGUGGGAGAACUGGAGUUCCUGAACAAGCCGGUGGUGGCGUUUGUCCGUCUCUCUCCUGCGGUUCUGCUCAACGGGUUGGCUGAAGUCCCGAUUGCUACAAGGUUUCUGUUCAUUAUUUUAGGACCUUUGAGCAGGGGCCCUCAGUAUCAUGAAAUUGGAAGAUCCAUAGCGACACUUAUGACAGAUGAGGUUUUCCACGAUGUCGCCUAUAAAGCCAAAGACCGGAAUGACCUGAUCGCUGGGAUCGAUGAAUUCCUUGAUCAAGUGACUGUUCUGCCUCCAGGAGAAUGGGAUCCAUCCAUUCGGAUAGAGCCACCAAAGAAUGUUCCUUCUCAGGAAAAAAGAAAGAAAUGCAACAUUUUACCAAAUGGAUUAGUGGAGGGAGAGGAGGAAGAUGAACACGGUGGUCAUGGUGGUCCAGAACUCCAGCGCACUGGGAGGUGGUUCGGUGGUCUUGUUCUGGACAUCAAGCGCAAAAUCCCUUUCUACCUGUCCGACUACACUGACGCCAUCAGUUUGCAGUGCGUUGCCUCUUUCUUAUUCCUCUACUGUGCCUGCAUGUCUCCUGUAAUCACCUUUGGAGGACUGCUGGGCGAGGCAACAGAAGGGAGAAUAAGUGCAAUUGAGUCACUGUUUGGAGCCUCUGUGACUGGAAUAGCCUACUCGCUGUUUGCUGGGCAGCCCCUCACCAUUCUGGGAAGCACAGGCCCCGUGCUUGUGUUUGAAAAGAUCCUGUUUAAAUUCUGCAAAGAGUAUGGCCUGUCCUAUCUGUCGCUGAGGACCUGCAUCGGUUUGUGGACAGCUUUCCUCUGUAUUCUGCUUGUGGCCACAGAUGCCAGCUCCCUUGUUUGCUAUAUAACACGUUUCACAGAGGAGGCUUUUGCUUCGCUCAUCUGUAUCAUUUUCAUCUACGAAGCCUUGGAGAAACUUAUCCACCUGGGAGAGAUCUACGCCUUCAACAAGAACAACAACCUGGACAAACUCACCACAUACUCGUGUUCGUGCGUUGAGCCUUCAGACCCGACCAAUGGCACCCUGACAUUUUGGGAGGUCAACAAUGUCACUGCUUCAGAAAUCUACUGGGAGGCCCUGGAGGUUAAGGACUGUGUUGAGAAGCGGGGGGAGUUUGUGGGCCCCGCCUGUGGUCCUCAUGGGCCUUACAUUCCUGACGUUCUCUUCUGGUGUGUCAUUCUCUUCUUUUCUACUGUCAUCAUGUCUGCCUUCCUCAAAGAGUUCAAGUUCAGCAAUUACUUCCCCACAAAGGUGCGAUCCAUCAUCAGCGACUUUGCUGUUUUCAUCACUAUUCUCACCAUGGUCCUGGUUGACUACGCCUUAGGGAUUCCAUCUCCAAAACUUAAAGUUCCCAGUGUGUUUAAGCCAACUAGAGACGAUCGAGGCUGGUUUAUCACCCCGUUGGGGCCAAAUCCCUGGUGGACGGCUGUCAUAACCCUCAUCCCAGCUCUGCUUUGUACUAUCCUCAUCUUCAUGGACCAGCAGAUUACAGCAGUUAUCAUCAACAGGAAGGAAAACAAGCUCAAGAAAGGCUGUGGGUACCACCUGGACCUGCUCAUGGUUGGGGUGAUGCUGGGUGUGUGCUCUUUGAUGGGCUUGCCGUGGUUCGUAGCAGCCACCGUCCUCUCCAUCACCCACGUCAACAGCCUGAAACUGGAGUCGGAGUGCUCCGCUCCCGGGGAGCAGCCCAAGUUCCUCGGGAUCAGGGAACAACGUGUGACGGGACUCAUGAUCUUCACCCUGAUGGGCUGCUCUGUCUUCAUGACGUCCGUGCUCAAGUUCAUCCCCAUGCCUGUGCUGUAUGGCGUAUUCCUCUAUAUGGGAGCAUCUUCUCUUAGAGGCAUUCAGUUCUACGAUCGUCUCACCUUGUUUGGGAUGCCGGCUAAACAUCAGCCAGAUUUUAUCUACUUACGCCAUGUUCCUCUGAGGAAGGUGCACCUCUUCACCAUCAUCCAGCUCAGCUGUCUGGUUCUGCUGUGGGUCAUCAAGACAUCAAAGGCUGCCAUCGUUUUUCCCAUGAUGGUGCUGGCUCUGGUGUUCAUUAGGAAAUUGAUGGACUGUAUUUUUACCAAGAGAGAGCUGAGCUGGCUGGAUGACCUCAUGCCAGAAAGCAAAAAGAAGAAGCUUGAAGAUGCAGAUGAGGAGGAAGAGGAGCUGAGUAUACUUGCAGAAGAGGAAGGAGUCGUGCAAGUGCCAUUAGGGGGGUAUAAAGGGAUACCAAUUAUCAACAUCACAGAUGAGAUGUCAAAGGGUUCUUUUGGAAAUACUUGGAAUGCCAACGAUUAGAAAAAUAUAGAUUUAUUACAACAAAAGAGGAACAUCUGGAUGUAGAUGCUGAUUUGAUUGUGCUAAAAGCUUCUUUCUUCUACUUUGUUUUCUUGCUUUUAUUGUAUUCUGAUUGUUUACAACAUUCAUGCAUAAAAGUUUGAAGGAAAUAUUAUUGUAAUGUCUUUUUCAGCUCUACAUGUCUACUAAUCUCAGUUUUCAUGCUUUUUUAUAUUUUAGAAGUAAAUUGGAGAAGAAGGUCAGUGUUGAGUCAGGAAACAACUCAGCAUUAUUAACUUUUGAUUUUCAAACCUUCAAAUUUUGUCUCUUUAAUCGGUGUUUAAGUAAAAAAACGUGAAACCUGAUUGUUCAUAACUUUUCUGCUCACGAAUAAAAUGCACACAUUUUUGAUGUCAGACAUUUUGAAUCUCGUAUCUUCUGCACAUUUCUAAAAACCAAAUGCAAUACUCCUGUCUGCUAGAGCAAAACUAACCUAUUCAUGUACAAAUAAUUUAGUUAUAUAUAUUUUUGUGUCAUGUAUUUUAUAUUUAUUUAGUGUUUGCUGUAAAAUGUGUUCAUUAAGGCUUGUAGUUUUUUUUGCUUUCUGUUGCAGAAUGCUGCUAUUUGUAUGAAAUGUAUGAAUUUAUUAUCAACUCAUUGUUUAGCUCCAACACUUAUUUCUGCAUUGUUACACCUCAGAAGAAAAAAAGAGAUACAUUUAGGAAAAAUGUGUUUUUGUUGACAAAGAAAUAUUUCAUGUUAUUGUGCAAAAAGUGAUACAUUUAUAUAAGCAU